CAAACUAUGAAACUAACACUAAUCAAAACAAACGGUUUUAUUUUGUGCAUUAAAAAGAAUUAAGUAACAAUAAAUUUAUUUAAUUCAAUUAAAUUAUCACACUAAAAAUAUAAAUUAAUUUUCUCUUAAAGUGAAAAAGAAAAAUCAGAAAAACUUAAAGUUAUUUGGUGCUGCUAAUUAGAGUGAAAGAAAGUAUUGUUUUUGAGGUUAGCUGUCACAUGUGUUUAUCAAAACAAAGUUAAAAUCAAAUUGAAAAAACUAAUUAUAAAAAGUUGAAUACUUAUAAAAUAUGAGCAAGAAAUUAAAAUUAGAAACAUUAAGUAAGACAAGAUCUUUACGUACGCGAAAAACUCCAGAGAAAUCAAAUGAUUUACAAUCGGAAACUUCGCAAUUUUUUGAUAACAAUGAUGAAGAUGAAAAACAUUCUAAAAUAGUAAAAACUAAAUUAAAAAAACGUUCUCCAAUUAAAAUAAAAUGUGAUGAUGAUGUAAAAGAAAUUGAAAAUGAACCUUCUUCCAAAAAUAAUGGGAAUUGGAUGCCAAAAAAUUGGGAAGCACUUUUAAAAAAUAUUAGAGAAAUGAGAAAAGAUGAAUCUGCACCGGUUGAUGAAAUGGGUUGUCAUAAAUGUGCCGAUACCGAUGCAAGCAAACCAAUUUUUAGAUAUCAAUCAUUAUUAGCAUUAAUGUUAAGUAGUCAAACAAAAGAUCAAGUUACUCACGCUGCAAUGCAAAGACUUAAAGAUUUUGGUUGUACUCCUGAUUCAAUUAUUGCUGCAUCUGAUGAAGAGCUUGGAAAACUCAUUUAUCCCGUUAGCUUUUGGAAGCGUAAAGUGGAAUAUUUAAAGAAAACAUCAACAAUUUUAAAGGAACAAUACAAUGGUGAUAUACCAGAGACUGUUGAGAAAUUAUGUGAAUUACCGGGAGUUGGUCCUAAAAUGGCUCAUAUUUGUAUGCAAGUUGCUUGGGAUAAAAUAUCUGGAAUUGGUGUUGAUACUCACGUUCAUCGUAUCACAAAUCGUUUGGGAUGGGCGAAAAAAACAACUAAAACUCCCGAGGAUACGAGAAAAGAAUUAGAAUCUUGGCUUCCUAAAGAAUUGUGGGCCGAUGUUAAUCAUCUUCUUGUUGGUUUUGGUCAAACUGUUUGCACGCCACAAAGACCAAAAUGUACCGAGUGUCUCAAUAAGGAAAUUUGUCCGUUUGCUAGAAAAAACAAUGUACAUAAAAAGUAAGAAAUUAUUUUCAAGAAAUAUUAUUUUUUUUUUGUAACAAUUUAUAAUGAAUGCGGUAAUUACUAAUCCUUACGAAAAAAUAUUAUAAACUUUCCUUUUUUUCCCUUUAUUAUAGAGUGAAUGCAACUUUAUAAUUUAUAGUUUAAUUUAAAUUAUUAAUUCCUUUAAUAUCAAACAUUAAUUUCUUAAUAUCAUUUUUUUUUUAAAUUACACAUUUUGUUAUAUAAUAUUUUUUCGUAAGAUUUCUUUUAAUAAUCCAUAUAAAUUAUAUUUUUUCUAAUUUUCGAGUAAAAAAUAUAAAAACCAUCAAACUUAAAUAACAGGGUUUUUUGUUUUAUUGGCGAAAGGACAUUUUUUGAUUACCAUUUUAUUUAUAAUGUAAUUACAGAUACAAUAAUUACAGUUCUUCAUUGGGAAGUUUUGUAUUUCAGGUUUUAUACACAUAGCAUAGUUGUUGAAUUGUAAGCUGUGUAUUGAUUUUUAAUACAUUGACAGAUUUUUUUUUUUUUUUAAUAAUAUUUCACACUUUUUGGCAGUUGAAAACGCGAGAUUCGCUUAAGAAAAUCGGAGUACCGUCUAAAAGCCACAAUUAUACGUAUUUUUUUAUAUUUAUAGAUAUAUAUUUUGAAACGUACAAAAAGGAGUAUUUUACAUCUCGAAUUAUGUGCUAUAAAUAUUGUUUUUUUUCAUGAAUAUUAAGAUACUUAUAGCUAUUUUGAUUAUGUGUGAAGUGAAAUUUUUUUACUUUUAAAAAUUGGAAAAUUUUCCAACAUGAAUUUUCUCGUUGAUAAUAAAUAAUUAUUUUUUUUUAAAAAAUAUUCGAAUCAGUCUUUUUUUUAAUAGUUUAAAGUCUUUAAGUACUGUAAAUUAUUUGGUGUAUUAUUUGUUUUUUAAUAUUAAUUUUAAGUUACUAAUUACCAUCAUGAUAGUUUGUUCGAGAUGAGAAAAUUAUAAACAAUUAUUACUAGUUUAUUUUUGUCGCAAUUGGACGGUACUCAUUGAUAAUAUAUACGCAAUUACGAUACGUACAUAAUUAUUUACAAUAUUUAUACCGUAGAUGCUUUAAUUAACUAAUAUUUCAUUUUUUCAUCAUCAAGCUCUUACUAUAUUUACACUUUUUGAUCUCGCAUUGAAUUGGUAAUUAACUAUUAUUAUUAAUCGAACAAUCAAUAAAAUUCUGAUCGUUUGACGAAUUGGAAAAAAUCCUAGAAGGGAUGUUGAUUUUGACUGGAAUAAUAUUAGAUCUGUUUUUAUAUUUAUAUAUAUAUAUAUUCGCCAGUCACGUAUUUGAUAUACGAUUUUUUGUUUACAAUUUGUGUAUUUGAAAUAUACACGUCUUCAUCAUCGCGA